UAGACAGCAAACGUCAAACGCAGUUGCUCGCCGCGCGCCGCUUGACGUGUUUCGUGUUAUGAAAUUCGGAAAAUGGUUUAUUUUCCGGCGCGGAAAUGUUAUCAUGCCGCUAAACUUGGAAUAUUAUUGAUAUUAGUUGUAGCUUUAUUGUCAUUUUUCGAAAAAUGGCGAGGUGGGAAGCUGUCUACCGGUGCAACUUUCUCCGAUCCUGUCGAAGCGGAGUUCGAAAGACAAAUAUUGGAGGACGAGGCUCGUAUUAUCCCUGGACUGGGGGAAGGCGGUGUAGCAGCUCACUUGGUGGGAGAGGACAAGCGCCUCGGCGAGGAAUCGGAGAAGAAAUUGGCUAUGAACGUCUACUUAAGUGAUAGAAUAUCGUAUAACAGAACUUUGAAAGACUACCGCAACCAGGCGUGCACCCGCGUGGUGUACGACGCGGAGCUGCCAUCAGCCUCGGUGAUCCUGAUCUUCCACAACGAGCCGUACUCGGUGGUGGUGCGGACAGUGUGGAGCGUGGUGAACAGCGCCAGGCGGAACAACCCUUGGUUUGCCAAAGCCAACUAUGUGGAGAGGGAUACUGGGAAGACCAUGACGCUUGGCUAUCCCGGCCAAGAUCCAACGUCUCCUUUCGUGUACCUGAAGGAGAUCAUCCUGGUGGACGACAACUCCACGCUGCCCGAGCUGAAGGGCAAGCUGAGCCACUACGUGCGUACUAGGCUUCCGCCAGACCUCAUCAGGAUACUGCGGCUGCCGGAUCGCGUGGGGCUGACGCGCGCGCGGUUGGCGGGCGCUCGGUACGCGACGGGCGACGCGCUGGUCUUCCUAGACGCGCACUGCGAGGUGCAGCCCGACUGGCUGCGGCCGCUCCUGCACGAGCUCAAACUCCGGCCCCACUCCGCGCUGGUGCCCAUCAUCGACGUCAUUGACUCCUCCAACUUCUACUAUAGCGUCCAGGACUCAGUCUCAUUCCAGGUGGGCGGGUUUACGUUCACCGGCCACUUCACUUGGAUCGACGUGCCCGAGCGAGAGAAGAAGCGCAGAGGCUCCGAUAUAGGACCAACUUGGUCCCCGACGAUGGCUGGCGGUCUGUUUGCGAUCAACCGCGCGUACUACUGGGAGAUGGGCGCGUACGACGAGCAGAUGGCGGGCUGGGGCGGCGAGAACCUCGAGAUGUCCUUCCGGAUAUGGCAGUGUGGCGGCACGCUGGAGACGAUCCCGUGCUCGCGCGUGGGGCACGUGUUCCGCAGCUUCCACCCGUACGGCCUGCCCGCCAACAGCGACACCCACGGUAUAAACACAGCGCGCAUGGCCGAGGUGUGGAUGGACGAGUAUGCGGAACUGUUCUACCUUCACCGACCUGAUCUGAGGAACAAUCCGAAGAUUGGCGACGUGACGCACCGCAAGAUCCUGCGGGAGAAGCUGCAGUGCAAGAGCUUCCAGUGGUACCUCGACAACAUCUACAAAGAGAAGUUCGUGCCGGUGCGAGACGUCUACGGAUAUGGCAGGUUCAUGAACCCGUCGAGCGGGUUCUGCCUGGACACGAUGCAGCGCGAGGGCGAGGCGGUGCCGCUGGGCGUGUACCCGUGCCACGCGCAGCUGCAGGCCACGCAGUACCUGUCGCUCAGCCUCGCCGGCGAGCUGCGCGACGAGGAGAAGUGCGCCCAGCUGCAGUACACCAGGCGCGAGAACGAAGUCGACGAAGACAUCAGUCGGAAAGUGCUGAUGGCGACCUGCCACGGGAAGCAACGGGGGCAGAAAUGGAAGUACGAGGCGAGCUCGGGCACGCUGAAGCACGCGGACUCGGGGCUGUGUCUCUCGGCGGGGCGCGACUCCAGCGCCGACGUGUUGGCGCGCACCUGCCGCGGGCAGCUCCGACAGCGCUGGCGCAUCGACUACGCCGAGUACAACCACUUCACCAGGGACGACGUGGAGCCUAGCGACAGGGAUGAGAAAUUAAAAAAGCUUCGUGGACAAAGACGGAUAUCCCGGUCGCUGCUGUCGUACUCUAGCGGGGAGUCGAACGCGCUGCCCUCCUCGGAGUCGCCGCGCCGCAAGUCUCACCGCGGGAAACACAAGCGCAAGCGCACGCGCACCAAGAACAAGUUCAUCGUGAAGUUGUUGCGGACCCUGGCCAACGGCACGGAGGACCACCUGGAGGUGGACAUCCACUGCAAGCACCGGCAGCUGUACCCGAACAACAGCUUCGUGAGGGACCUGGUUACUAUCCUCAACGAUCGAAACAUUAAGGUGAUCAACAACGGCCGAGUGUUCGAGAAAAACAAGGUGACGGAGCUAGUGCGCAGCACCAAGCAAGAGAAGAAGGUCCUCAACAAGCUGGACAUACAGGACAAACAGGACUUGCAGAUGCCGAAAAAACACCAUAGCAAGAAGCACAAACACGCGUCGAGUGUCCACGCCGUGAACAUCGCGACGCAGGCGCCGGCGGGGCUCGCGGAGGGAGAGGGGCAGGGGGAGGGGGCGGCACUCGACAAGAGGAUCAUCAUCGAGGACUUUGUGGCUGUACAGUCCACCACUAGCACCAAGCGCCCGCGGAAGCAUAAAAAGGUGCGCGCGCGCACGUCUCCCGCGCCGCUCCCUCCCCCGCCCUCGUCGCCCCUCCCGCCGUCCUCCGCGGAGGGCGACACGCCGCUCACUAUGUUCACCAAGCAGAGGGCGCCGAAGGUCAACGAGCUGAUCAAGUCCUCUCUCCAAUCUGACGAGAUGAAGCAUGACUCCAUCGAGGACACGCCGAUGUUGGGCAGCGAGAGUGAGCGAGACGAGGAUAUGCGCCACGCCAGGAGUGAUCGGGACGGUGAGAGGGACGCGGGGGACGAGGACUGGCCCGUCGGCGUGUCGCGGUUCCGCAGCCAGGACGUGCCCCCCGCCGCGGCCGAGUCCCCCCCGCCGGCGCCCGCGAGCCCCUCCCCCGCGCCCGCGCCGCACGUGCGGCAUCAGCGCACGCACGCGCACCAUCCUGGGUGCGAGCACGAUCAACAAGAGGUGUUGAUAUCGCCGAGCUCGGCGGCGGUGGAGGCGGUGGGUGUGGCGGGUGUGGGCGGGGCGCGGCGCGGCGUGGGCGGGGCGGGCGACAAGCCCGUGCGGCUGGUGAUGCGCACCAACCUCACCUUCAACCUCGGACACGACUUCUUCCAGCGCGCGCACCGACUCGCGCAGCACAAUGAGCUGACAGAAGAGUUGCCGGUGUCCUCCCGUCCCGCGCCCCCCUCCGAGCGUCUGGUGUUCCCUCGCUCGCCCGAGGCCCGGCCGGACGACAGCGACACCACGCAUCAGUCCUCCAGCUCCUCCGAGAGUAGCGAGGGCACUUGACGGAGCACGCGUUAUGGACGGUGAUGUAGCGUAAAUGUGGUGUCAAACAAUGUUUAGAUUAGCACGAAAAUUUGCAAAAGUUAACUUCCGCAAGUAAUUUUCGCCGAAAAAACAAUCAUGGCUAACUGCUGCAAAUUUUACAGCUUGCAGAAUUUAUGCGCGUUACGACUAGCUGACUGCUGCAAAUUGUGUAGUUUGCAGAACUUGUGCGAGUCGCAUGGCUAUAAGAUUAUUGAAAUAUUGCCACUAAUAUAAACAUAUCAGGAAGCUCUUAUGCAAUAUUUCUUGCUAGUUUAAACUUAAUAAAGACAGAAAUGGGUCUCUCUAAAUGCUUAGAAAAGUUUAAUGUAUGUUUAUUUAAUAUUAAAUCAUAGUGCCACUUAGACCAUCUAGAAAGGACACGCCAUAAGCCUAUUGAUGCAAACAAAAAUUCUGUUUCUCAUUGUCACUACUACAUUGAAACAACAACACGUACAGUCAAACCGUAUUGUGUCGAUAUGCACACACAUAUAAAUAUUUAACGCUACACACACUAAUAUAAUUCUGUAGAAGUGUGCAUACUCGUUUGAUCUUAUCCUUUGAUAGCAGGAAGAAUUAUACAAUCCGCGUUUUUUUGUAUUGUCUAAGUAACGGCAUUUUUAAUUUGUUUAAAUACAUUAAUAACAGCGUCUCGGAAAAAAAAAAUAAUUCGGUAAAUUAGUUCAUCGAUUAGAAGGAAAGGUAUAUUAAUACACAAUUUUUAAUCGUAUAAACUAUGCAUUAGAGACCAUUUUUGAGUCCAUAGAUUAGUUUGGUUAGGCUACACAGUUAUUUAGGGGUUUGCAAUAUAUAGCAUGUAGGUUCUUUAAUAUUACAAAUGGAAGAAAUGUCCGUUCUAACGGACACUGCCUCUUAUAAGGAGGAAUAAUUUGACAUUUCGAUUGUUAAACCAACAACAAAUUUGCUGUCAAGAAUUAGACGUACACGAUAAAAAAAAAUACAAUUGAAACCGGUUCGUUCGCUUGAGUGCUAUAAAGGCGCAGUUUUUAACAAGCUUAUUGGUAAACUAUAAAGAUUACAAAUGAAUAAAAUAAUAUCUUUACUUUGUUGACCGCAACGCACUCGCCCGUUCUGUCAGCGAACGCGUGCGUACGUGAUGUCACGCGCGCGUACAAUACGGACAACGCGCUCUUUGUGUAGCGAGCACGAACCGCAAUGGUAGGUAAAUAUCCUAUACUUUAGCGUCACAAAAUAAAAAAAUUACAGCAAAGACAUAUCAAUAUAUGUAAGUGCUCUACUGUGCUAUUUUUGUAAAUUAGUUGUACUUAGUAAACUAUGCCGUCCGCGUCAAGACUGCACUUAUAAAUUAAUUGUAAAUAUUAUUACUUUAUGAUCGGUCGAUUUCAAUAAACGACCUCAAUAACUUCGGAUCAGUAAAAAUUAACUAUUUUUUUUAAAUUGAUAUUCAAAAACUACAGAUACGCCAUUCCCUUAUCAAACAAUAGAAAUUAUCCGUACGCAAUUAUACAUAUUAUAUUUCACAUUCAUGUCGUAUAAAAUAUAAUAUGACGUAUUAAACCAGUACGAACAAAAAAGACAGGUAAUAUGCUAUUGAUUGAUUUAAUUUCGUGUCUCAGAUUGUGCGUGCUAAUGGCAUAUUUAUAGUUUAGAAUAUUAUUAUAAGUAUGUAGAUCUUCUUUUUGAUUGGUCCAUUUUGAUCUGAAGAUAGCAGUUAGAUACUUAUUGUAAUCUGCCGUAAAUUGUAUAGGGUUAGUAUGGCUGCAUUUUAUUACAAUAUAAACGGCACAUAUCUUGAUUACUGGCGGAGUGAUAUACGCGCAAUGUACGUCAUUUGCCUGUGGCUGUUUCAUCAAUAUAAUAAAAGAGUAGAAAUCAUUAUAUCAUAGAAAUAGACGUUAUUUUAUAAAAUACUGAACUAUGUGUUUUAAUAAGUCCUCUACCAUAUCAUGGACUACAAUACUUUGUAAUAAUAUGUUCCUAUUGAAUUUUUAGUAAAAUAUGUAUAUGCUGUCCUUUUUUAUCAUUACAUAUUUUAAUGUCUAAAAAAUUUCGUAUUGUAUUAUAUUAUUGAGUAACUUUAGUUCGUAUAUGGUAACAUUAAAUAUUAAUUUAUUAAUAUUAAAACCAAACUAUUACAUCAUAAUAUGAACAUCACUUCAUUUCUUAUCGAAACAAAUGCACGCUCCAUUCAGACGCGUCCGUAACGGGAUGAUCUAGUUUUUGAACGUAUCAGAAAAUUAUUAUAAAUACGCUUAGCGUUUGCAUUUUUUAAACUAUCAUUUUUUCAUUCAUUAGCAAAA